UCAUGCAUUAAUUAUUCGAAUGAGAAAGAGUUUUUCUUUUUCUAUGCCCGAUUUUUUUUGGCGUAUACUGUACUAGGCUUUAGCUCUGCGUUGUGUAUCAAUUCCUUUCCAGAAAAAAUUUUUAAUUAUAAUAAAACUGUACUUAUCGAAGGUGAUAUUUUGUACGAAUUAGCACCAAUUAAAUCGGUUUUCUUUAUUUUAAUUUUUUUUUUUUUAAAGUUAAAAUGA